UUGGGUAUACGAAUAGACUUGGAUUUUCUGGUGAUGUGUGAGGCUGUGAGCAAAAGAAUCUAACAAGGGAAAUUCUAUCUGUGUCACUGCACUCAUUCAUAUAUGUUUGGAUUGUACUUUUCCAGUUGGGAAGCUUAAGCUGGAAUAUGGCGGACAGUUUGUUGGGUCCCCCGGUUUCUAAGCCUUUACAGCUGCUGCACCAUUUUCCUUCACUCUUGAAUUUCCAUUCUCUCUCACAUUUUCCAUCGCCCUCCAGAUCCCUCACCAUGGUCACCACCGCUUGCCCCUCACUCCAUACCUCCAACCCUAUCCCCAACCCCGGUCAACCAUCACUGCUCGUCUUCUCAGGUGGAACUGCCUUCAAUGGAGUUGUUGAAGAGCUCAAGAAGUUAACUACUCGUGUUGCACAUGUUCUCCCUGUUUCUGAUGAUGGAGGAAGUACAGCUGAAAUUGUGCGUGUGCUUGGUGGUCCAGCUGUUGGAGACAUACGGUCAAGAUGUUUGAGAUUAUCUGACCAGAGUACAUCUGAGGCUCUUGCUGUCCGAAGAUUGCUUGGUCAUCGCUUACCUCUUAAUGCACAACAAGCCAAAUCAGAAUGGUAUGAUAUUGUGGAAGGAGAACAUUCUCUCUGGGAAGGUGUCUCAAAACCCUACAGGGAAACAAUUAGAGCUUUUUUAGUUUAUUUUCAGAAUCAGAUCCUUCGUCUAUCCAAUGAAUCAUUUUGUUUCAGUAAUGGGAGCAUUGGGAACUUUUUCUUUGCAGGGGCACGCAUAUUCUUUCAGUCUUUAGAUGCUGCAAUUUUUUUAUUUUCACGCGUUUCAGAUAUUCCUACAGAAAGCCUGGUCCUCCCUGUGAUAUCCACCAAUGACAGGCUUACACUGGGUUGUGAAUUGUGGGAUGGUACUAUCAUAAGGGGUCAGAAUGAAAUAUCUCACCCGACAAAUGGCUCUAUGGAACCUAUAAAUAAGGUGAGCUCUUCAACUCCAGCACUUCCUUCAAGAAUAAAGGGGGUGUUCUACAUGUCAAGUGAGGGCAGCAAUUUAUUGCAUGAGGUCUUUCCGACUGUAAACCCAACUGUCUUGGACCAUUUGAAGACUGUUGACUGCAUCAUUUAUGCCAUGGGAUCCCUUUUCACUUCUAUCUGCCCUUCUCUGGUUUUACUUGGCAUAGGGGAGAUUAUCUCUACAAGGUCCUGCCCCAAGGUACUAAUGUUGAAUGGUACUCAUGACCGAGAAACUACUGGCUUUUCUGCCUCUUCCUUUGUAACUGCCAUUACAGAUGCUCUGAAUCGUACAUAUGGGGCCCCUCAUAACUGUCUCAAGAACCGUCCAAAUCAAUACAUCAAUACAAUUUUGGUGCCCAAAGAUGGUCAAAUUCCUGUUGAUGUUGAAUGCUUAGCAACUCAAGGAAUCUUUCAUGUGAUCACUGUUGAUUCCAUGCACGACCCGAAAGUGGGUGUAAUUUUUGACCCCAAAUCAUUAAUACAUACCCUCGCUAAUCUGAUAAGGGAGUGCACAAGCACAGAUGCUGUGGCUGCUUAGGCAAUCUUUGACCACACAUAAAUGACUAGCAAGGGUAGCCGUGUGUUGUAGAUCUGACUAAAACCUUGGCUUUGCCAGGAACAUCUUUUCCGAGGUUGCUUAGCCUUCCUUCAGUUGAUGAUGGAUAAGGGUUGUUUUUAUCACUAAGUCAGGAUGAUCAUCUGCCACAGCCAUAUUUGCUUGACGAAGGAUUGAAGGGGCCGAUCCAGACCAGAAAACGAGAGAUGGUGCUGCCAUUGCUUGGAGCUACUGGCCGGGAAUUAGCCUGAUUGUGCGGAAGCAUAUUUAACCUGUCUAUUAUGUACUUGUUACGGUGUUUAUAAUCUGGGAAAUCAAAUUUUCUUCUUGAAACAUGCAAAGGAUCCAUGACAUCUCAGGAAUUAGCCAAUGUAGUUGCAUUGUUUUUCAUUGUUGAAGUUCCAGAUCUUGUCUUUAGGCGCAAUGCUAGAGCUGUAGACUAAAUGCAUGAGGUGAAUCUUUGGGACCAAGGAGUCGACCUUGAAACAGGGAAACAUAUGUCACAAUGUACUCUAGUUAUUAAAGUUAAUCCAAUCAUUCUCCUGCUUUGAAGCCAU